CAUCUCCAUCACGCCUACUGAAAUCUCACUCCAGAUCACUAGGGGGUGGCAUUUCCCCUUCGACUCAUUUUACCCAGAAGAAGAAGAAGAGCAGGAGCUGAAGUGUUGAUGAGAGAAGAUCAGAGGAAUCAGCAGCAGGAGAUCACUCCCAUAACAUCAUUUGAGCUUAGUUUCAUUCUUUUAAAAUAUAAAGCAGAGAAAUAAAGACUGUGUUUAUUAAUGCAUCAUUUCAUACUUAAAUAUUAACCCCAAACAGCCCAUGAUUGUGUACUAGUGCAUCUCCAAAGAAAUGGAUCUUCAUCUUCAUAAGAGUUUUCAGCAGAGGGAAGCAUGAAGCAAGAAAACAAAACUGCACAGACUUUAGACUUGAUAGUAAAACACAGUGGAUCAACAGCAGCAGAUUACAUGACUCUCCAAUAAAUAAAUAAAUUAAACUUGUACAGUUGUAAGGUAUUAAUCUGAGAGAAACCAUGAGAGUACACUUAUCUCCUAAAAAUUGCCAAACCUAUCCACCAUUGAAAAAGUGAGGGAUAUUAACAGUGUAUCACUAUUAACACUUCACUGCAAAAUCUGCAGGAAUAUUCUAAAUGCAAGUGAUGGAUCUACAACUACAUGCAUACUACUAUAUGUGUAGCUCAUUAAUUAUUGCUUAUGUAUAUCUAUGUCUUUGUUGUUUAUUGUUCUUGAUAACAUUUUUCUUCCUUUUGAGUAUUAUUACAGGGUAAAAUUUCCUUCUGGGUGCAUUUUGUUUGAUGAUGAGUUUACAAACCUAUAUAAGUAUGUAUUUGUUAAGAAAAAUGACAUUUGUGAUAUCAUUUUUUUUUCUUGUGCAUAUUUGAUUUGAUUUGUUUCACAUUUAAUAGUUUAAUUUGUUGAAAUUUCGGUUCCCUGCAUUUCACAUUAAAUGUGGAUUUUCUUUUCCCCUUACAGAAGUGAAAAUGUUCAGGACGUGUUCUGCCGUUCCUAGUGUUCCCCCUCCAACUGAGCUUAACUCGAACUCCAUGGACAAACACAUGGGUAAAUACAUACCACAAGACAAAUGUUAGGCUGCUGAAAUGAACUGUUAUGAACAUGGCAACCAGAAGAACAUCCAGUUCACUGGAAACAUCCUCUGCUACAUCUAGAAGACAAGUACAGAAUAAAACUGUCAAAAAGAAAAUUCACCACUGUUCAGACUGCGGGAAGAGUUUUACCCAACAGAUUACUCUGCAUCAACACCAGCGCAUUCACACAGGAGAGAAGCCCCAUCACUGUCCGGAGUGUGGCAAGAGUUUUAGAUUUGGAAGUGUUCUCAGAAUACACCAGCGCGUUCACACAGGAGAGAAGCCGUUUCAGUGUUCACAGUGUGGAAAAAGUUUUUCUCAACUGAUUACUCUUCAGCAACACCAACUCAUUCACACAGGAGAGAAGCCCUUUCACUGCUCAGUGUGUGGAAAAAGCUUUAGAGAUGGAAGUGUUCUCAAAAAACACCAGCGCGUUCACACAGGAGAGAAGCCGUAUCACUGCUCAGACUGUGGGAAGAGUUUUAAUCAACGGACUACUCUCCAACUGCACCAGCGCACUCACACAGGAGAGAAACCCUAUCAGUGUUCAGACUGUGGAAAGACUUUUACUUCUCCAGGAAACCUUCUUCAGCACCAACUCAUUCACAUGGGAGUAAAACCAUAUUACUGUGCCGAGUGUGGGAAGGGUUUUACUCAGCAGAGCACUCUCCAACAGCAUCAGCGCAUUCACACAGGAGAGAAACCGUAUCACUGCUCUGAAUGUGGGAAGAGUUUUACUAAACAAAUUCAUCUCAAAACACACCAGCGCAUUCACACUGGAGAGAAACCGUAUCACUGCUCAGACUGUGGAAAAACUUUUAAUCAGCAGAGUAAUUUCCAUCUACACCAGCGCAUUCACACUGGAGAGAAACCGUACCAGUGUUUAGAGUGUGGAAAGAGAUUCAGAGGUGGAGGUGGUCUCAAAAAACACCAGCUCAUUCACACAGGAGAGAAGCCGUAUCGCUGCUCAGAGUGUGGAAAGAGCUUUACUCAGCAGAGUACUCUCCAACAACACCAGCUUAUUCACUCCGGGGAGAAGCCGUAUCACUGCUCAGACUGUGGGAAGAGUUUCAGAGGUCGAGGUGGUCUCAAAAACCAUAUACUCAUUCACACCGGGGAGAAACCGUAUCACUGCUCAGACUGUGGGAGGAGUUUUACUCAACAAACUAACCUUCAUCAACACCAGCACACUCACACAGGAGAGAAGCCGGGUAACUGCACAGACUGUGGGAGGAGUUUUACUACUCAGAGUAAUCUCUAUCAACACCAGCGCAUUCACACUGGAGAGAAGCCAUAUCACAGUGUGGAAACAGUUCCAGACAAUCACAUACAGUGAAGAUGCACAGGUGCACUAAGAACGCUGGAGACAAUAACCAAUAACACCAUUCCAGGAGUAAAAAUCUGGUUUAACACAGGUUUUAAAAAAAAACACUACAUUUUAAAAAGGGAUACUGUCAGUUAAAUGUUUUACAACACCCCAAGUUUUUCCAGUUUGGUUGAUUGUUAUGUACGCACUUACAGUAAAUGAGCUGAAAUAAAACAAAGUUAAGCUAGCAGUAAACUUUAAGGGCAAGUCAAGUUCGCAAAAUAUAAAAGCAUCUGGGUGAUGCCACACGUCCCAGAUACAUUAUUUUUUAAGCAUGUGCAUGACAUAAACUGUAAUUCCCUGAGAUGAACUUAAAGUUU